GAUUUCUGGCUUCUGUGGUACUCAGAAAUGUUACAGUUAGUGUUAGAUAAAGUCUGUUGUGUUCAAUAGAAGUCUGUUGAAUAACCUGUGUAGGGUCUCAGUGCUGAACUCUGGGGCAUGCCAGGAUUAUCCAGACAGAUUCACAGUCAGACACUGAGGUCUUUUGAAAAGAUGCAAUACUACAAAGAAAAAUGAUUGAAAAUGAUUGAAAUGUCUUCCAUUUUUUUUUUCCAUCAUCUGGUUUGUUUGUUCCUGAAGGCUGUGGAGCCUAUCAGACCACACGUUAAUCGCCCGCUGCAACAUGGAGGAGGCCGUGCGCAGUGUCUCCUUCAACAAUGACGGCUCACAGCUCGCCCUGGGAAUGAAGGAUGGCUCCUUCACUGUGCUUCGAGUAAGGGACAUGACCGAGGUGGUCCACAUCAAGGACCGCAAGGAGGUGAUCCACGAGCUCAAGUUCUCGCCCGACGGCUCCUACCUGGCGGUGGGCUCCAACGACGGCCUGGUGGACAUCUACGCCGUGGGGCAGCGCUACAAGAAGGUGGGCGAGUGCAACAAGUCGUCCUGCUUCAUCACCCACCUGGACUGGUCCGUGGACAGCCGCUUCCUGCAGACCAACGACGGUGCCGGGGAGAGACUCUUCUACAGGAUGCCAGCUGGGAAGUUCCUGCCCAAAGAGGAAACCAAAGGAAUCCACUGGAUGACGUGGACAUGUGUCCUCGGCCAGGAGGUGAACGGCAUUUGGCCGAAGUACUCCACCGUCAACGACAUCAACUCCGUGGACGCCAACUACAGCAGCGCGGUUCUGGUCACCGGGGAUGACUUCGGCCUGGUCAAACUCUUCAGAUUCCCCUGCCUUAAGAAAGCGGCCAAAUUCAAGAAGUACAUUGGACACUCUGCACACGUGACCAACGUGCGCUGGUCACAUGACCUACAGUGGGUGGUGAGCACGGGCGGGGCGGACCACUCCGUGUUCCAGUGGCGCUUUCUCCCCGAGGGCGUCAUGAACGGGGUCCUGGAACCCCUCCUGCAAGAGGGCUACGCCGACUCCAACAGCGGGGAAUCGGACUCGGAUCUCUCCGACGUUCCGGAAUUGGACUCGGACAUCGAGCAGGAGGCUCAGAUGAACUACGAGCGGCAGGUGUAUAAGGAAGACCUGCCUCAGCUGCGGAAGAAGCUGGUGGGGUCACUGAAGCGCCAGAAGGCCCCAGAUGAGGGACUACGCCUGCAAUUUGUUCAUGGGUACCGAGGCUGUGACUGCAGGAAUAACCUGUUCUACACGCAGGCGGGUGAGGUGGUGUACCACGUGGCGGCGGUGGCCGUCGUCUACAACCGACAGCAGCACACGCAGCGCUUCUACCUGGGUCACGACGACGACAUCCUCAGCCUGACGGUGCACCCGCUGAAGGACUAUGUGGCCACUGGACAGGUGGGUAGAGACCCAGCAGUCCACGUGUGGGACCUCCAGACACUGAAGUGCUUGUCGCUGUUAAAGGGACAACACCAGAGAGGAGUCUGUGCCCUGGAGUUCACAGCGGAUGGUAAGAGCCUGGUUUCCGUGGGGAUCGAUGAGGGCCACAACAUAGUGAUCUGGGACUGGAGGAAAGGAGAGAAGCUCGCCAAGGCCAGAGGACACAAAGACAAGAUCUUCGUGGUGAAAGGAAACCCCUUCCGCAUGGACAAGCUUGUCACCGUGGGGUUGAAGCACGUCAAGUUCUGGCAACACACAGGUACAGUGUGACACAUACUCAUCUGGGAAUCAGGCUGUUACCCUCAGAUGAUUUACCUCUGGACUUUCUGGUAAUCGAUUUCUAAGAUUUGUAUGUAUUGGCUUACUUGUUUUGGGGCUUAUUUAUUGGCUUAAAUGUUUUUAUUUGUCUCUUGGUAACCCCAGCUCUGCUGUCUUUUAAGGCUUAGGAAUGAUUAACUUGUCAUUAACAUAAUUAAUUACUAUCGUGGAGCAAGGCCAUGUCAAGACAUUUUUAGCAUAACAAUUCAACAUCAUGGUUUGUCAUUUUUCUAUUGUUUAAUUGUCAUUUAUUUACCUGUCUCUCGCAUCUUGUGGCCAUUCAUAGGCCAUUCAUGUGGCCUAAAGGAGGACAACACAAACACAUACACACACACUCUCUCUCUCUCUCUC